UUUAUAACAUAUUUAAUCUCAUUCAUGAAUCGAACUUCCUUUUUAAGUCAUGGAUGACAAGGCUUCUGUUGGAAAAAUCAGUGUCUCUUCAGACUCGGUAUCCACUCUUAACAGUGAAGAUUUUGUCUUGGUUUCCAGGCAAGGGGAUGAAACACCAUCUACAAAUAAUGGUAGUGAUGAUGAAAAAACAGGACUGAAGAUCGUGGGGAAUGGAAGCGAACAGCAGCUGCGGCGAGAGCUUGAGGACGUGCUGAUGGAUCCACCCAUGGAAGAUCAGUCCGGUGACCGGGACCAUGGAGAAGAAGUUAGAACUGAUGGAGAUGGGGAGGAACCUGUUGUCCUUGAAGCUUCAGCAUCCUCUACCAUUAACCCAGUGUCUGUGGCAGGACUCCAGAAACCAGAAAUGAGUUUGCCAGUGAAACCAUCCCAAGGAGACUGUGAGGAUCUGAGCCCCUUCACACCGGUGACAGAUGAGGACAGUGUGGUGUUCAGCAAGCUCACCUACCUGGGCUGUGCCUCGGUGAACGCUCCCCGGAGCGAGGUGGAAGCUCUGCGCAUGAUGUCCAUCCUGCGAGGCCAGUGCCAGAUUUCUUUAGAUGUCACUCUGUCAGUGCCUAACGUCUCUGAAGGAACAGUGAGACUUUUAGAUCCUCAGACAAACACAGAAAUAGCAAAUUACCCAAUCUAUAAAAUCCUUUUCUGUGUGCGAGGGCACGAUGGGACCCCUGAAAGUGACUGCUUUGCUUUCACUGAAAGCCACUACAAUGCAGAACUCUUCAGGAUUCAUGUCUUCCGCUGUGAAAUCCAAGAGGCUGUGAGCCGAAUCCUGUACAGCUUUGCCACUGCCUUCCGGCGUUCUGCCAAACAAACCCCACUGUCAGCCACUGCCACCCCCCAGACUCCAGACAGUGAUAUUUUCACCUUCUCUGUCUCACUGGAAAUCAAGGAAGAUGAUGGGAAAGGUUAUUUCAGUGCAGUUCCCAAGGACAAGGACAGGCAAUGCUUCAAACUCCGCCAAGGCAUUGAUAAGAAGAUAGUGAUUUACGUCCAACAGACAACUAAUAAAGAACUUGCUAUUGAGAGAUGUUUUGGCCUCCUCCUUAGCCGUGGGAAGGAUGUUCGCAGUGGGGACAUGCACCUCCUGGAUUUGGAGUCCAUGGGUAAAAGUUCUGAUGGGAAAUCCUAUGUGAUCACUGGGAGCUGGAAUCAAAAGUCUCCACACUUCCAGUUUGUGAAUGAAGAAACACCUAAAGAUAAAGUAUUGUUCAUGACAACUGCUGUGGAUUUGGUGAUCACUGAGGUGCAGGAGCCUGUUCGGUUCAUCCUGGAGACUAAAGUCAGGGUCUGUUCCCCGAACGAGAGGCUGUUCUGGCCCUUCAGCAAACGCAGCUCCACUGAGAAUUUCUUCUUAAAACUGAAGCAGAUAAAGCAGAAGGACAGAAAGAAUAACUCGGACACCUUGUAUGAAGUUGUGUGCCUAGAGAGUGAGUCAGAGAGGGAGAGAAGGAAAACCACAGCAAGUCCCUCUCUUCGCUUGCCCCAGUCGGGCUCACAGGGCUCCAUGAUCCCUUCGCCUCCAGAGGAUGAUGAAGAGGAAGACAACGAUGAACCACUCUUAAGUGGUUCUGGAGAUGUUUCCAAAGAGUGUGCAGAAAAAAUUCUUGAGACGUGGGGAGAGCUGCUGUCCAAGUGGCACCUGAACCUGAGCGUGAGGCCCAAGACGCUGUCGGCGCUGGUGCGCAGUGGUGUCCCCGAGGCCCUGAGGGGAGAGGUGUGGCAGCUGCUGGCAGGGUGUCACAACAACGAUCACCUGGUGGAGAAGUACAGGAUUCUCAUCACAAAG